AUGAUUUUUAAGACAGAUUACGAAACAGGUGACAACCGUAUCAGUAAUAUUAAUAAUCACACUUGUACAAAUCCUAUGAAAAAGGGGUGUUUGAUUAAAAGAAAUGAAUGCAAACAGAAUGCGACUCAAGAGAGAAGCGGAGGAGAAUAUGAAGAAAACUCACUGAUUAUUAAAUCAUUAAAUCAGCCGCAUGAUUUUGAAUAUAAUAAUCAAUACCAUGAAGGUUAUCAUCAUCGGGAUGAUCUGAACAAUUCUGGAAAAGAAGAUGUUAGAACUGAACAACAGUGUAAUACUGGGGAGAAUUUAUAUACUUCUUCAACUACUACCACUACUACUGCAACUACAGGAUGGAUUAAUAAUCAUGGUGAUGCUGAUCGAGUCCUGUUACAUGAAGAGAAUGACAUAAUCCGACAAAAACAUCCACUAAAUAGUAUGAAAUCUUUGAUUAUAGAAAAUGUAAUUUAUCCUGAUGAAGAUAAAUCAUAUCGGUGUGCAAAUUUCUUAUCAAAAUCAAAUGGAUUAGAGUCAUCCUUGUUAUAUGAUCAUCUUUUGCCUAUAACAAAUGAUGAAAUCAAAUCAAGCGAAACUGGCCAUCCGCAUAACAACUAUGAAUUGCCUUCAUUAUGUUAUACAAAUCUAUCAAAUGAUAUAACAGGAUUAAAUAUCUCCAGUUUAUAUAACUAUGCAGAACAAAUUUGGUCACCAUCAUUAUUCUCAUCAAUAACAUCAUCUUUUACGUCAACAACAGGACUGGGAUUAGGAACAAAUCAUCCACCGACAUUUCAUGCAUUCAAUCAACAUUUAACACCGAAUUUAUCUUGUACUGGAUGUUAUGAAAGUAUUCAGGAUAAAUUAUUCUUGAGCAUGGAUAAUAAAUACUGGCAUCUAAAUUGUUUAAGAUGCUUUAAAUGCGGUAUUACACUACAAUGGGAGAAAACAUGUUUUGUGAAAAAUGAUUCAGUUUUUUGUCGAGAACAUUAUAAAAUGCUGUCUUCAUGCUUUCGAUGUGGUGAAAAACUGCAGAAAAAUGAUUUAAUUUUCCAAGUUGAUGCAGAUACAUUAUAUCAUGAAUCAUGCUUUAACUGCUACAUAUGUGGACGCCUGUUAAAAUGUGGUGAUACUUAUAUAAUGGAUGGUAAAACUAUUCAGUGUUCACUACACGACAAUGUGACUGCAAAUAAACAGUCAUAUAUUAUGACCAAAAUCUUAGCAUCUUCUCUAUCUGAUCUGUUCACUGCAGCAAAUUAUGCACAUUCUUAUUCAUCUAACUCUCAAGCACAGACUACAUCAAGCACAAACAUAA